AUAGCCUUCUACCCGACAUGCACCGGACUGGAUGUUGGAAGUGUUAACUGAUUUCUAGGAAGUGUAUUAUCAUACUCGGUUAAUUUGCAAACAGCCUGCAACACCCAAGUGGCACAAAUCUGCCUCGACCCAUGAUGUAUUGUGAGUUUAAGCUUUGGCUACUAUAGGAACGAAUCGAUUGGACAGUUGGUCACACAAUACCUCUACCUUCCUGUGAAAGGGAAUUUGAAGCAGGAAGAAAUUAAGUGUUCGAAUCUUGUCCGAAAGGAGGUUAUAUUCACAGGAACUCGACGAUAGCAUGGAUGCCAGAAAGCCACCUGAUCCUGCAGCUAGGAUGGCUGAACAUCUGAAGAAGGCCACUGAUAGAGCAGACCUACCUUCAGAUGGGCAUAUAUCAGGAGUGGAUGACCUCAAAGCUGAUCCUGCUUCCACUAAUACUCAACAGCUACCACAGACACAGACAGGACCUCAGGGGCCAUAUCAGCAAGGCUUUACAGGUCAUCCUUACUCAGGUCAGCCGGGUCAAGGGCCUUGUCAAGGACCACCUCAGGACAGUGGACAACACCCCAGUGGACAACACCCCAGUGUAGAAGGACAUGGACAGACGGGUCAACAGGUGCCCUCAUAUCCUUAUCCAGGUCAGCAAGGACAGUGGCCUGGUCAAGGACAGCCUAACUAUCCCCACCCUCAACAAGGAGGGCAGAUUCCAUACCCCCAAACACCUUAUUAUGACAGAUUUGGUGUGUAUCCACAACCUGGUGCAGAGUUUGACCCAACCUCGACUGGAACUUCCCAAGCAGAUUUUCCAGCUAGAAGAGAUAUUUCACCAGGGCACCCCCCUGGCCUGCCGGAUUACCCAGGACAGCAAGUUGGACACUUCUAUUCUGCUUAUUCUGGAUGUCCUCAGUACCCAUCAGAACCACCCCCUUCUUAUGAUGGACAUCAGGAAAUUGUGCUGAAACUAGAGCAGGAAAUCACUCCAUGUUACAAAAUUGAAGUGAAAGGACUACCUGCCUCCCUCAGCAAUGACAGCAUCAGUCUGUACUUCGAGAACCGCCGCAGAUCGGGAGGGGGGCCUGUUGUCAAUGUGAUUAACAGAGAAGAUGGAACAGCCGUGGUGGAGUUUGCACGUCCAGAUGCUGUGGAGAGAGUGUUGAAGGAGACGCACACAAUAUCAGGCACCUGUAUUCAAGUGAGUCGAUUCACACCAGUGAUGCUUCAGUCUGAGGUCUCCACAACAUGUGAUACUGCUGCUUUAACACCAGACACUGUCAGGGUCUCAGGAUGUGCAGGCAUAUCUGAUCAUGUCCUAGAGAUGUAUUUUGAAAGAAGGGAGAAGAGUGGAGGAGGAGAAGUGAAAUAUGUUAAAAGAAGAGAGGAGAAUGUGGCACUUGUCACAUUUAAAGACCCAGGAGAUGCCAAGAGAGUGUUAGAGAAGGGAUCUCACAAGAUUCAAGGGAUGGAUGUUAAAGUCACCCUGUACAAACCCAAGCCACCAACACCACCCCCUGAAGAAGAAGUUCCUCUUGUCUUACCAGACACGAUCAUAGUGAUAGGCUGUAGAGGAAUCUUGGAUGAUGUCCUGGAGAUGUACUUUGAGAGCAAGAAGAAGAGUGGAGGAGGAGACGUGAAAUCCAUGGAGAGAAGAGAGGAGGAUGUGGUCCUUGUUACAUUUGAGGACCCUGAAUAUGUCAAGAGAGUGUUAGAGAAGGGAUCUCACAAGAUUCAAGGGAUGGAUGUUGAAGUCACCCUGUACAAACCCAGGCCACCAACUCCACCACCUGUUGUCUCACCAGACACGAUUAUAGUGACAGGAUGUGGAGGAAUCUCGGAUGUAUUCCUGGAGAUGUACUUUGAGAGCAGGAAGAAGAGUGGAGGAGGAGACGUGAAAUCCAUGGAGAGAACAGAAGAGGAUGUGGUCCUUGUUACAUUUGAGGACCCUGAAGAUGUCAAGAGAGUGUUAGAGAAGGGAUCUCACAAAAUAGAAAGAAAGGAUGUUGACGUCUCCCGGUACAAACCCAGGCCACCAACGCCACCACCUGUUGUCUCACCAGACACAAUAGUAGUGACAGGAUGCAAAGAUAUGUCUGAUGAAUUCCUGGAGAUGUACUUUGAGAGCGAGAAGAAGAGUGGAGGAGGAGAUGUGAAAUCCAUUGAGAGAAUAGAUGAGGAUGUGGUCCUUGUCACAUUUGAGGACCCUGACGAUGUGGAAGCUGUGCUUCAGAGGAGUCACCAGAUACAAGGAGACUCUCUCCAGGUUUCCCAGUACACUCCUCCCUCACGAUCAGCUCGCCACCGGAAACUGGCAGCAACUGAAGAACUGUACCUUUCUGCAGAAGAGGAUGAGGAUGAAGAGGAAGAGGAAGAUGAUAACAGUGUCUUUGUUAUCCUUGUCCAAGGAUUGGCAAAUACUGUGACAAACGAAAUUCUGACGGACUUUUUUGAAAACCGACGUCGAAAUGGAGGAGGAGAGGUGGAUAUCGUGGAGAUUGACAGAGACUCAGCAACAGCACUUGUCUACUUUGUGGAAGGCGAUGUUGUGAGGAGGGUUCUCAAGAAGGCACCACUUGUCCUAGAAAACAAAACAAUUGAAGUCUCUGAAUAUCUCCCUUCCAAACAGCCUGGUUUGGUUACCAUGGAUACUGUCUUGAAAGGAAAGAAAGAAGGAACAGUUGUGAAAGUGGAGAAAUAUGGAUUGACAAGUGAUGAUGUACUGACCAUGUACUUUGAGAACACGAAGAGGAGUGGGGGGGCUGCCGUGAAUGAGGUCAUUGGGGAUGACCAAGAACAUGCAAAAUAUGUUGUUUUUGGAAGCAAAGAAGAAGCAGAAGCUGUUGUUGCCAAGCAAGACCACAUUGUGGAUGGGCACAAGCUGCUGGUGAGUCUGUACAGACAUCCCACCCCUCCUCCCCCUCGGCCACAGUAUCAUGACAGAUUCUUCAUCACCGGACUCCGAGAGAAGACCACUGAAAAGACCUUGAUGAAGUUCCUGAAGCAUAAACUGGCCUGUCAUCCCAAGGAUCUUGUGUACGGGGAGGAACCUGGAUCUGUUCUUGUUAAUAUAGAAGUCACACAAGGAUCACGAAAACUGAAGAAGAUGCAGCGUGUGUGCCGGAAGCAUCCCCUGGAAGGGGCGUUCCUGGAGCUGUCUGCAGUACCGGUCUCCAACUGUAUCCAAGUCACUGGCAUCAUGGCCAGGACAUCCACUCACAGACUAGCAAUCUACUUUGAAAGUAAAAGGGCAGGCAAUGCAAAAGAACUCCCUGUGGAAAAAGUGAACAUAAUAAAAGAUCCAAGACAUGCCAUCGUCCAUUUUGAAGACCAUUCGGUGAUACCUGAGAUUUUGUACACAACCCACAAGUUAGAUGACAUGGCCCUUACAGUAUCCUUGUACACUGAAUGUCUGGGAUCUGGAGGUGGACACAUCAAUCCCACAUGGUUCACAUUGCCACCACCAAUUACUUUACAGAAUGUUGACUAUUACAAACUGCAAUUCAUCAGAGAUUCUCGUCUAAAUAUGAAAAAUCUACAACAGCAGUUGCAAGAUGGCCACACUGAUCUGAAGCUUGAGUCAGAUGGUUCUGUGAUCCUUGAAUGCUGUCUUACCAAAGAUAUGCUUGAUGCAAGAAACAAGGCUAAGUCUUGGAAGAAAAAUGCAACUGAGGAUUUGGAACAUUUUCUUUCUCUGCUGAUCACUGAGAAGGUAAAUGUCCUUCAGGAGGUUUGGGAUCAUGUGAUGAAAGAGGUUGAGAAGAUGAAAAAUUCCAAGCCAGAUGCAGCAAGACUUUAUGUUUUUGAUCAGUCUCAACUUAUAGUUGUUGUCGGUCACAAGAUGGUUGCAGAAGGACUGUCUAAACAGGUGAAGGACGUAGUAGCAUCGGUGGAGGGAGAUCAUGAGCGGAGGAAGAAGGAAAUCAAUGAAACAGUGUCAGGUCUGAAGUCAUGGCAGUUACAGCUACUGCUUGCUCUUGGGUUCCCAGGUGAUAUGAUGAAGAAAUAUGAACAUCUAAAGGUUGAAAUUAAUGUGACCAAGAAAGAGAUUUUUUUCAUAGGAUUAGUUUCUUUUGUGAAAUCUGCAAAGGUUGACAUGUAUGAAACAAUGACUGACUUCAAGCAGACAUCUUUGCCCAAUGUGCUUGAUGCUCAGAUGAUGCUUCUUCAGAAGCCUGAUGUCAGGAGUUACAUUGUGAAGAAGCUGAAGCUGAGACAUCUGGUUGGUGUCUGGGAGGCAGACAAAGGUAAACUGUAUGUGUAUGGGAGGACAGACACUGAAGCUGCAGAUGUUGUAAGAGUUCUGAAACAAUGUGUGGUCCAGCAAGUCAUCAACCUGGACCCGGAAUCUGUUCCACUCUUGGCCUCUCCAGACUGGAAGAGGAUCUGUGAUGAUCAGACACAGGGCAGAGGGGACACUGUGAAGAUCAUCACAGCAGUGGAUCAGUCUCAUAUUGUCAUAGCUGCUAUAGAUGAACUGGUAGCUGGGGUGGCAGAAGAGGUGAACAACUUCAUCACAGAAUACACAGUAUAUAGCGACACUGUCCAGUUCCCAAGGGGAAUCCAGCGGUUCAUGACUAUGCAUAAAGAUACUGAAAUCAGAGAGCUUUCUGAAAAAUUCAAAAUAUAUUCUGUUAAGAUUAUCUACCAGAGGACAUCUGGUGAUUUUACAGUGAAAGGAACCAAAGAUGGAUUAAGAAUUGUAAUGGGGGAAUUGGAAAGACUUUCCCAGAAUGUGAUAUAUGGUAGCCACCUUUUCAACAAACCAGGGAUUGCUAAACUGAUCCUAUCUGACAAAGGAGAGGCUGAUAUCAAAAGGAUUGAGCAAACAGAAUGUUGUGUGAUAGAGCGAACUUAUGAUCCGAAUGAGCGGACGGUUUAUGGUAAUACACGGAAGCAAAGGGGUCUAAGAACAGUUACAGGAGGGCCUCAGACCCAAGCCACAUGUGACCUUGGGGCCGGACGUACUCUGUACAUGUGCCAAGGUGACAUCACACAGAUGAAGGUGGGGGCUAUCGUUAAUGCAGCAAAUCAACAGCUUUCUCAUGGCGGUGGAUUGGCCAGAGCCAUUGUUGAUAAAGGUGGCAGAAUUAUUCAAGAUGAAAGUGAUGCUAUCAGACGGAAAAAUGGUGAUGUGAAUGUCGGAAAAGUAGCUGUGACCAGUUCUGGAAAUCUUCCCUGCCAGAAGGUCAUCCAUGCUGUAGGACCUAUAUGGUCAGGUGGGAAGAAUGACGAGGAAGGACUCCUUCAAGAAGCUAUAUUUAAUAGUCUUGAGAUGGCUGAUAGCUGGAAACUUCCUUCUAUUGCCAUCCCAGCUCUAAGCACUGGUAUCUAUGGAUACCCAGUGACAGAAGCAACUGAGUCUAUCAUUGAUGCAGUACAGAUAUUUUUCACAGACAAUCCAGGUAGCAAGGUGAUGGAUGUCUACGUGUGUGACAACAAUGUUCAAGCUUUUAUCCAGGCUGUGAAGAAAGUUUGUGGUGCCGCUAAAGUGGUUUCUGUGAACCAAGGUGUGGUAGCUGCAGAUGAAGACGAUGGACAACACAGAUCCCAAGGAAGAUCAAGGAGACCAAGGCAUUCUAAACAACAGUAUGCUUCUCCAGAGAGUGACGACGCAUUCAGUCGACAGAGGGAAGAUGUAUUCAGUUCUUCAAGUAUUCAGAUAAACAUUGUUUCUGGAGAAAUAGCUACAGAACAGGUGGAUGUUAUUGUCAACUCGACCUCACAUGUCUUAGAUCUGAACUAUGGAGUGGUGUCCAAAUCCAUCCUGCAAAGAGCUGGAAUGGUUAUACAAAAUGAGUGUUCUCAGAAGUACCCAAGCGGUAUUCGUCCAGGAUGUUUUGCCAUUUCCAGUGGAGGAAUGCUUAACUGUCGCCAGAUUUACCACACCUGUCUUCCAAGCUGGACUCAAGGCACCAAUGGGCAACAGGUUCUGCAAGAAUUGAUUAGAGAUUGUCUUCAGGAAGCUCACAGCAAAAGGUACCAGUCCAUUGCUUUCCCUGCACUGGGUACUGGUAACCUGGGAUACCCACGAGAUGUGGUGGCCAAAACCAUGAUGGAGACGGUGGAACAGUUCGGACAGGACAACCCCGGAUCAUCACUCCAGGAGGUGAAGAUAGUUGUGUACCACAAGGAUACUGCGGCUACUAAGGCAUUUCAGUACCACAGACAAAUUGGUUCUAAUGGUGCAGGUGCCCAUUCAGGUGCCCAUGGCAAAGCAACAUCAAGUAGUCAUAGCAGAAGAACAUUCGCAAAGGAAGGUUCAUCAUCUGCAGAAGCAAAGACAGACUUCUACACUGGUGUUAGUGGUGGAAGUAGACAUGAGGCAGGAUCUUCGGGAUCUACACCAGGAACUGUUGAUUCCGCACCUUCUGACGUGACCCUCCACUUCUUCUAUGAUGAUGCCAUGCACCUUGACAGGGCUAUUCAGAAGCUGGAAAAUACAUACAGGGAAUCAGUAGCAGAUCAAGUAUUCCAAGACACGGGUUUGAAAGACCUGUCGAAGGCUCAGGAGAGGGAACUGGACGAUUUAAAGAAUAAGUAUCAAAUUGAUCUGGACUCCAACCGGAAGUUGGGUCAAGUGAGGCUCGAGGGUUUGUCUGGUGAUAUUGUGUCUGCUGUGGGAGCACUUCACAAACUUACUCUGGGGGUACAAUGCCAAAAACAAGAGACAGAAAAGCCUGAGAUUGUAUCCUCAUUUGUUCAGUGGAAACAUGUGGAAACAGAUCAAAAUGGGAGUGAUGUUCACAGAGAUUAUGACAAAAUAUCCAACCAAACAAUCGAAGAAGCAUACAAGAGCAAGAAACCCUCUGUCACGCUACGAACAACUGAUAACAUGGAUUAUGUAAUAGAUUUUAAAAACAUGGAAAAGUAUCCUUUGAACAACACAAGCGACAAAGCAGCUAUCAUCAGGAAAGACAUGAUUCAAGGAAGUUCAUCAAUCUUUGAACCUCCUCCAAAUUGGACUGCUACAAGUUCAGACUGUGAAAAUGUUGUUGUUGAUAUGGAUUCCAGUGAGUAUCAAACACUUGUGCAUAGUUUCUGGAAGAGUGUUGGAUCACCAAGAGCUAUCAUAAAGCUUGAACGGAUUCAGACCAAAUUCCUGUGGCAGCAGUACUUAGCCAAGAAGCAGCAGCUCGACAUGCAGAACCCUCCUGGACAUCAGAACGAAAGGAUACUGUGGCACGGGACAGCACCUGAUGCAAUUCCUAGCAUCUGUAAAGGGGGAUUCAACAGGAGCUACUGUGGAAAAAAUGCAACAGCACAUGGAGAUGGAGUGUACUUUGCUGUGAAUGCAAAGUACUCCUCCUCCAGCACCUACUCUGUACCUGAUCAUCAAGGCUACAAGUACAUGUUCCAGGCAAGAGUGCUGACAGGCGUGACCACACCAGGUCAGCGUGGAAUGAGAGUCCCACCAAUUAGAGAUCCAGCUAAUCACAUCAACUUUGAUGCUGUCACGGGACCUAGCAUGUUCAUCAUAUUCAAUGAUACCCAGGCAUACCCAGAAUACCUUAUUACCUUCCAGUAAUUCUAGUACAUUGUAGUACUUUCUUGAAAGGGUGAUGGCAUGCAAUUGUUAGUGAUUUAUGUACACUGUGAUAAAGUUAUAGGAUCAAUAUUGAUAAGUUUGAUUGCAGGUUUUACCAGCUCACACACUGGGUCCUCAUUUAAUAUUUAUGACAAUACAAAACACAUGAAGUAACUAAUGUUAAAACUUCCUAGCGACAAUACAUUCUCCUGUAUUAGUAAUUUGUCUUAUUAUUAUAUGUGGUCUGCGUAACUCCUAAAGUUGCCCCUGUAAGAGGGGCCAGCUAAAUUCAAGUUAAUGAGUUUGCUCAAAUUUGAGCUCUGCCACCACAACUUAGGACAGGUAUGAUUGGAUGACCUUGAAGGUCAAGGGCCCAGUGUGAACUUGGUAUCAACAAGCCUGUACAAGAUAACACAAGUAUUUACGGAUGGAAUUUAACAAAACUUAUUCAUGAUUUCUAAAGUGGGGUCUUGAUCGCAUCUAAUGUGUGGGUGAUUUCCAUCUAAGGUCAAGGUCAGUAGAGGUCAAAUUAUGAAACAUGGUUCAAAUUUCAUGAAAUUUCGUAAGUUAUCAGUUAAAAUGAAGUCAAAGUAACUAAAAUGAAGUAAGUCAACACCUAUCAUAUGUCAUGACUGUGUCAAAUGGCAAGGUCACUUUGAAGGUUGUAGACACAUGAAAUGACUUGUAAAUAGUUUCAAUCAGUAAUUAUUGUUAGUAUGGUAGGGAUACCUUUUUUAACACAACCAUCAUUGUAGUAAUGAUCUUGCACUGGAUGAUGUUAAAGGUCAAGGGCAUUUGUUGGAAAGUAGAUGUCCCUAUAAACUUGUGUGUAGACAACGUCUUGAACAUUAAUGAUUGGAAAUUACAAAAAACUCUAUUUACAUGACCUCCAGAGA